CAGCUCGUGAAUUGCUCAUGGCUUUAAUAAAAUUUCAAUAAGCUGUGGUGAACUUAUUGAUACAAGUUGCUUAGCAUGGAGACAAUUAAAAAGGACAGGCUGAGAGAAGCUGAAAUUGAAAUAAAUAACAAAGGUCCUGGCGAGACAGAAUCACAUGUCUCUAAUCAGAAUCCGAGUUUGAAUGGAAACUCGGAAGCCGAAGCAGCUGAUCUCCAAACGGAAACACGGGCAAAGCGAACACGUGCUGAUGAAAUGUCUACGCAGCCAGAAACAUCAAAGAAACUGAAGACUGAUGCGUCACAGUCGUCAACGAUCCUGAACACGACCCCGAAAAUAAAUUGGAAGAAACCUGUGCGACUUGGCUUCACCGCGGCGGAUAGAACACGUCCACUGACGGCAGAGCAAAUGACAAAGUUGAAGGAAGCGAUUCUUAAGACGACGCUAACGUGCGUUACGGAGGGAGUGAGACCCCAGUUUGAAGCAUGUGGGGAACAAAGUGAUUGGUGUCUACUCACCUGCUCCAAUUACAGUGCAGCCGAGUGGGUUAGACAUAACAUUGAUCACAUCAAGGACUAUUGUUCUUUGGAUAUCGAACUGUUGGAGGAACAUCAAUUUCCCUUGUCAUUCCUCAUAAAAGGCAACUUUCCCAAUAGUCUGGAAUAUCAGAAUGAGAUGAUUUUGGGAUACAUAAGUGCCCAGAAUGAUGUCUGCACGAGGCAGUGGAAAGUUGUGAAUCGGACUGCAAUUCAUGAAAUUCUGCAGCUGGAAAUCAUGAUCGACAAUGCAUCUCUGCUGGCGCUAAGAAAGAUUAGCUUCAAAAUAUGGUACUGCUUCGGCAUCCUCAAACUAUCGCAAAUAGGUAAUGGUUCAAUUGGUGAAAAACCUAAAAAGAAGCAAAAGCCAUCACAGUUUUUUCGACGACGUAAGAAGAAAAACAAGAAGGUGUCGCCCAAUCCGAAUCCUUCAUCAGGGAGCAAUAAGGAGCAUCCUAACGAUGUUAAAAUCAAAACAGAACCACUCUAGAGGGAACUCAGUCGCCUUGAUGAGGCUUUUCAAUUAAUAAUUUGAAUAGUAAAAAGUUGAAUGUUAAUUUUGAAAGAAAUUUUUGUCGAAUUUCGAAUAUAUAAUUUUUUGAAUUAAAUUUCAUUUAAAUGAAAACCCUAAAAUGAGCACCUUUAUUAAAUCGGUAAAUGUAUACUACAUGGCGAAAGUUCCAAAUAAAAAAAAAACACAAAUAGAGGGUGAUUUAUCAUGA